GGAUAGAUUUCAACUUUCGUAUAUUCAGUUUGGAGCUCUUACUGAAAUUAGAUACAUUUUUUGUGCCGAAGAGUAACUAAUUGCGGUCGAUAUUUUUACGAUUCCAUAAUUCCACAAUUUGCUAAUAAGAUUGAAAAUUCAACCGGUAAUAGCUACAAUGGAAUAUUCGCCAACCAUAGUACCAUAUGCAGACUUCAAUGCUGAAGAAGAUGGAAAAACCCUACGAGCUGCGAUGAAAGGAUUCGGUACAGAUGAGCAAGCUAUCAUCGACAUUCUCACUGCUAGAUCGAAUGACCAACGGCAAGAAAUUGCAUUUUGGUUUAAAAAUUCACUGGGAAGGGAUCUGAUUGACGAUCUUAAAUCUGAACUGGGUGGAAGGUUUGAGGAUGUUAUCGUUGCAUUGAUGGUGAAACCAGACGAAUAUUUAUGCAAACAGCUGCAUAAAGCCAUGGCUGGCAUGGGUACAGACGAAAGUACACUAAUUGAGAUAUUGUGCACAAAGACGAAUGAUGAAAUAUCUCGUUUGAUUGGAACUUAUGAGGAUUUAUAUGACAAACCACUGGCCCAGCAUUUGUGUAGCGAAACAGGAGGAUACUUUCGACGUCUACUGACAAUGAUAAUAACUGGUGCUCGAGAUCAGACGGGCUCGGUCGAUAUUGAAUUGGCAAAACAACAGGCAGUCGAAUUGUUUGCUGCUGGUGAAGGAAAAUUGGGAACCGAUGAAGAAGUAUUUAAUCGUGUUCUAUCGCACGGCAGCUUUGCGCAUUUACGCUACGUUUUUACCGAAUACAAGAACUUGUCCGGCAGAACCAUUGAACAAGCUGUUAACGAUGAGAUGAGUGGAGAUUUACGGGAUGCAAUUUUGACAAUAAUUGAAUGCGUUCAAUCAACCUCUGCCUAUUUUGCUAAACGUUUGUUCGCCGCCAUGGAAGGUAUGGGAACCGACGAUGCCACUUUGAUCAGAAUUAUUGUCAGUCGUUCGGAACUUGAUUUGGGAAGCAUAAAAUCAGAGUUUGAAAGAUUAUUCGAUCGGACAUUACUUAGUGCCGUGAAGAGUGAAACAUCGGGAGACUAUAAGCAUGCAUUGUGCAGUAUUAUUGGGUCAGCUUAGUGAUGUCAUAUCAAGAAGUGAUUAUUUACAGUGCCUGUGCUUCGCUUGAUUUAAUGCUAUUUAAAUGGAAUAUUAAAAUCUCUAACCGA